AUGGAGAUUAAUUCCAGUGUAAAGAGCAAGGAUGGAACUGGUGAUAAUGACGAGGGGAUGGUCCUUGAAUACGGUGGACGUUGCAUGAGUACUCAAGCUAUGCAAUCUUUUUACGAUUUAAGAGAGAAUAAUUUAUUCUGUGACGCUGUCGUGCAUCUCGAAGACGGCGGAGUCUUUUCAAUUCAUCGAGCUAUACUAUCAGCAUGCAGCAAUUACUUCAGGACUCUGUUCACCACAUCGUUCUACACCGAUGAAAAAACGGAAGUUCAUCUUCCGGGUGUCACCUCCGAGAUAAUGGAACUCAUCCUAAAAUACGCCUACCUGCGCUCCUUGGAAGUAACUCACGACAACGUCUGCGAACUUCUGAUAACAUCCAACUACCUCUGCAUAUCAGGCAUAACCAAGCUCUGCUGUGCGUACGUGAAGAAGAACCUGACCCCCGAGAACUGCAUAUCCGUAAUGAUAUUCGGUAAAGAGCACUUCUGCACUGAAUUGGAACGUGAUGCACACAGAUUCAUGAUGGAAAACUUCGUUGAUAUUGCUCAGAGGAAUGAAGACAUCCUCAAGCUGUCGAUUGACAAACUUUUGCCAUUAGUGGGGGCUGAUGAGCUAAACGUUAAGAGCGAGGAUGUCGUGUGGGAAUUGGUGGUGAAGUGGAUUGAUCACAAUCCUGAGGAGAGAAGGCAGUACAUUGCAGAGCUCUUGAAGACUAUCAGGCUGGGCUUGUUGGACACCCAGUACUUUCUGGAAAGAGUGAAGGAGCAUCAUUACGUAGCUGGGGUCGAGUCAUGUCGACCGAUCAUCAUCGAGACCCUCACGUUUCUCUACGAUCUGGAGAUGAUUACCCAGAAGGAUGGACAGCUGGCCACUCCGGAGAUUGCAAGACCGAGGGUUCCUCAUGAGAUCUUGUUCGCUAUUGGAGGAUGGAGGGCUAACAAAACCACUUCUGCUAUAGAGACUUAUGAUACCAGGGCCGAUCGCUGGAUUCCAUUAGCUGAGAUGGAUCCAAUUGGAGGUCGUGCCUAUCACGGAUUAGCAGCAAUUGGCUUCAAUAUUUACGUCAUUGGUGGCUUCGACAAUGCCAGUGGAACGAACAUAGAAGCUAAAGUCUACUUCAGCAGUUGUCGGUGCUUCAAUGCUGUUACGAAAACCUGGAGGGAAGUUGCCCCUAUGAACUCUAGAAGAUGUUACGUCAGUGUCGCUGUUCUGAAUGACAUGAUUUAUGCAAUUGGCGGCUACAACGGACACCGUCGGCUCAAUAGUGUGGAGAGAUACAAUUACAAGGAGAACCAGUGGUCACUCAUUGCCUCCAUGAAUCGACAGAGAUCUGACGGGAGUGCUACAACUUUAAACAAUAAAAUUUACAUCGUGGGAGGGUUCAAUGGACACGAGUGCCUGAGCACAGCUGAAGUUUACAAUCCUGAUACUGAUCAGUGGACUAUGAUAGCGUCGAUGAGGUCACGCAGGUGUGGAGCCUCUUGUAUUUCAUACCACGACCAUGUUUAUGCUAUAGGAGGCUUUGCUGGACAUGCGAGAAAAAAGUGCGGAGAAAAAUACAAUCCCAGUACCAACAGGUGGCAAUAUAUUCCUGAAAUGUACAAUCCCAGGAGUAAUUUUGCAAUUGCAGUGAUUGAUGAUAUGAUUUUUGCUAUCGGCGGGUACAACGGCCUGCAUUCACUGUUUCUUGUUGAAUGUUACGACGAGAGGACCAACGAAUGGUACAAAGCCACUGACAUGAAUUUCUUCCGUUCGGGACUCGCCGCCUGUGUCAUAAUGGGCCUUCCGAACAUCUACGAUUUUAUCCACAAACAUCGUGAUAGACUCAUGGAAGAGAAACGACAGAAAUUGAUAGCUUUGGAGACUCAAAGAUAUCACCAACAAAAUUUUCAAUUUCGACAGGACCGUGAAAAUUUUUUCUCAAAUCCACCGAUAUUAACCGUCACUGGUGCCGAUCCCUAUGACGAUGCCAAUAAUAAUUCACUGUUGUGA